GUUAAACUUUCCUCGAAUAUUGAACUAUCGACGUGUGUAAAAAAAAACCUUAUCCACUAAAUUUGAUGAAAUUAAAGAGUGAGAAUUAAACAACAACAAUGGCUUCCAUAGCUUCUUCAUCUUCAACACUUUCCACAUGUCUUCUUCUACAUUCACCCACACCUCAAUUAGGCAGAAGAAGAAUGAGACCCAAUUUUGUGAGAAUAAUGCCCACUCGCUCCUGUCUCGACGACACUUCUUCUCUCCUAACAGCAGCUCAAUACACUGUGGAUACAUACGUGAAAAGUGGCAUGGUUGUAGGUUUGGGGUCUGGUCAUGCUUCUGGUAUGGCCAUUCAGCAUUUGGGACGCCAGCUUCACCGUGGUAAUUUGAAGGAUAUAGUAGGGAUUCCCACGUCUGUUGCAAGUGCGAGUGAAGCAGCAAAGGCUGGGAUUCCACUGAUUACCUAUCAAGGAAGUUCUCAAAUCGAUUUUGCAUUUGAUGACGCGGAUGGUGUAGAAGAAGGAACAUUUGUUACUAUCAUUGGACGGCGGAAACUGCAAAGUGAGGAAUCCAUAAUACAGGAGAAGUCCAUACUGAAUGCUGCCGAUAAACUAGCGUUCAUUAUCGAAGAAAGCCAGUACAAAGGUGGUCUGGAAGGUUCUAUUCCAGUUUUAAUUCAGUCCCUUAACUGGUUGGCAACUGCUGAAGAGAUUGAUGAUAUGUUUCUUGGUGAUGCCGAGGUGUGGAGAAGAGCAUCUAUAGGGCAAGCAGGUCCACUAGGAGGCGACUUUCCACUAGUGACAAGAGAAGGACAUAAUGUUCUUGAUGUUAUCUUCACAUCUCCAAUACCAAGCCUCACUGAAGUAGCAAAAAUCCUUGAUAAAGUUGAUGGUGUUAUCGACCAUGGUGUCAUUUCGAAAAUCCCAUGCACAGUGGUAAUUGCUUCUCCUAAUGGGUUCAACGUUUUGGAAAAAUUGACUGCAGAUAUAGUGGGUUAUUAGACUUCACUAUUGUAAUUUUUGUUCCCAAAUCAUGUUUCACUUCAAAAGAAUGAGAAGAUAAAGAGGAAAAAUAAUGUGAGUGAAAAUACAAAGAAAAAAUGUUACAGUUUUAUUGAAUAAAUAGAAAAAUAACAAGUUUCUAUCAA